GUAGAGUACGGUCACAGUACCGGGCGUACCGUCUAGCGUUACACAUCACUUGACAGACGCGCGCACCGUCUUUCCCGCCAAAUAAAAUAUUACCAUAAACACGUGUGUGACUUUUUUAAACAGAAUAGUGUUAUCAUGUUUGUGAUAUAUUAAAAAUAUUUUUAUUUUUUUUUCGAAUUUAUUUUUAAAAAAGUUAUUCAAAAUGACUGCCGGAGGUGAGGAGCAUGAGCCUCUGAUUUCUUCGUCUGUUGAUAAUCAACGUGUGACUUACAGCAAUUCACCCCAGGGUAGUUCACCGAACGAUUCGCCUCGCGCCAGUGGUGGAGAGGUCACAUUGGCAAUUCCCCAGAGCAAAAGCUAUGGAGCUAUUGGUGGUGCGGAGAAGGUUACAUACAACUGGGCUGACGUCAACGCCUUUGCCACAGAAGAUAGGUCGAGAAACAGAAAGUUCUGGAACUUCUGGAGAGGAUCAUCUGACCGCAUGUUCCAGCAGAGAAAACAGCUACUUAGAAAUGUCAAUGGAGCUGCAUAUCCAGGCGAACUCCUCGCCCUCAUGGGAUCCUCUGGCGCUGGUAAGACCACGCUGCUCAACACAUUAACCUUCCGAACCCCUAGUGGCGUGGUUUCCAGUGGGACUAGAGCCUUGAAUGGACAACCUGCUACUCCUGAAGCUAUGGCAGCGUUAUCAGCGUAUGUUCAGCAACAGGACCUGUUCAUAGGCACUCUGACUGUGCGAGAACAUUUGAUUUUCCAGGCACUCGUCCGAAUGGAUCGGCAUAUACCAUACGCACAGCGCAUGCGUCGAGUACAAGAAGUCAUAUCUGAACUGGCGCUUACUAAGUGUCAGAACACUGUAAUCGGAAUCCCCGGACGAUUGAAGGGUAUAUCUGGUGGUGAAAUGAAAAGGCUCUCCUUCGCAAGCGAGGUUCUAACGGACCCUCCGCUUAUGUUCUGUGACGAACCCACCUCUGGCUUGGAUUCCUUCAUGGCGCAAAAUGUCAUCCAGGUUCUUAGUGGCUUAGCGAAAAAAGGCAAAACCAUAGUUGUAACGAUACAUCAACCGUCUUCCGAACUGUAUGCCAUGUUUGAUAAACUGCUCAUUAUGGCUGAUGGUAGAGUAGCUUUCCUCGGAUCACCAGAUCAGGCUACUGAGUUCUUCAGAGAACUUGGAGCAGCGUGUCCUGCCAACUACAACCCUGCAGAUCAUUAUAUCCAACUCCUAGCUGGAGUUCCAGGCCGAGAGGAUACUACACGGCACACGAUAGAUACCGUGUGCACUGCCUUUGCAAAGUCUGAAAACGGCUGCAAAUUAGUAGCUGAAGCAGAAAAUGCUUUGUACUAUGAGCGCAAAAUAUCAUCCGGAUGGGCGGACGCGGCGUGGUCGAGCGCGGUGACGAUGCGCGCGCGUCGCUCCCCGUACAAGGCGUCGUGGUGCGCGCAGUUCAGGGCGGUGCUGUGGCGUUCAUGGCUCUCCGUUACUAAGGAACCUAUGCUGAUCAAAGUGCGGUUUUUGCAAACAAUUAUGGUAUCAUUACUUAUCGGCGUUAUUUAUUUUGGACAACGUUUAGACCAGGAUGGUGUAAUGAAUAUUAAUGGAGCGAUUUUCAUGUUCUUGACGAACAUGACCUUCCAGAACAUCUUCGCUGUAAUCAAUGUCUUCUGUUCGGAAUUGCCGAUAUUUAUCCGAGAACAUCAUUCGGGGAUGUAUCGAGCUGAUGUUUAUUUCCUCUCGAAGACCCUGGCGGAGGCGCCAGUCUUCGCCACCAUACCACUCGUGUUCACCACCAUAGCCUACUACAUGAUAGGCCUCAAUCCUGCGCCGGAGAGGUUCUUCAUUGCAUCAGGCUUGGCCGCAUUGAUCACCAACGUUGCUACUUCGUUUGGUUACCUGAUAUCUUGCGCAAGCAGCAGCGUGAGCAUGGCGGCAUCUGUAGGACCACCAAUCAUCAUCCCCUUCAUGCUGUUCGGAGGGUUCUUCUUGAAUUCUGGAUCGGUGCCACCAUAUUUAGGCUGGAUAUCUUAUCUGUCUUGGUUCAGAUAUGGUAACGAAGCGUUACUAGUGAACCAAUGGUCUGGAAUUGAGAGUAUCGCUUGCACCAGAGAGAAUUUCACCUGUCCCGCUAGUGGAGAAGUGGUUUUAACAACACUGAGCUUCUCUGAGAAAGAUUUCACAAUGGACGUCGUCAACAUGAUCUUACUCUUCGUCGGGUUUCGUCUGCUCGCUUACUUCGCCUUACUUUGGCGCACUCGCCGGGGUAAGUAAGGGCCUUGAAGUUACUAGAAAACACUAUCGAAACAGAAAUAUUCAACAAUGCAGUCUAGGAACAUGUUUUGAAACUAUUAUUCCCAUGAACCGUUCACUGCUCAGGG